UCUCUUUCAGUUUCAUUUUAACGUUUUCCUUCUCCUCUCUCUCUCGCUCGCACAGUGAAGUAUAUGCGCAGCGGAAACGAAGUUCUUCUCUGCAACUCUUCUCCGGAACCCUAACCGCCGAUACCUCAACGGGGAUCCCUCUCACGUCCGGCGGGGUAUCUCUGAGCUACAAGAUGGACGUCGAUCAGUCUGAUUCACAGAAGGCUCAGACUCUGCAAUCCCUAACCAGUGGUUCUCUCGGUUCGUCUUUGUCGAAGCUCGCCGGCUCUUCCCAGGGUAUUCCGGCUGGCAAAGACUUUCACUUUUAUUACAACUUUGAUGAAUUCAAAAUCCCGAUACGGAGCAUCGACCGGCAAUCUCAGUCGAUGCUCGAGACCAUUGGCUCGUCCGCUGAAGUUUGGGGCAAGGAAAUGGCGUUCCCCGAGGAUAACGACGACGCGUAUGAUUGGUUGGUUAAUGUUAACGAUGAGAUUUUGGAGCGGUUCGAUGUGUCGCUGGACGAGUUUCAGAGGAUUCGAAAGGAGGAGGAGGAGGAGAGUGGGAGGGCAGUGGCUUUGACGGCGGACGCUGAUGAUGGGUUUCAGUUGGUGUGUGGGAAGAAGAAGAAGAGUCCGAGUCAUGGAGACGAGGUGCACGAUUCUUUUGAGUCUAGUGUGAAGGUUGCUACCAAAGACAGGAGAACUUUGGGGGUGAAGCCGAAAGUGCCAUUUCAUAUACCGACUAUCCGUAGACCGCAGGACGAGUUUAACAUUUUGGUUAAUAAUGCAAAUCAGCCAUUUGAGCAUGUCUGGUUGCAAAGGAGUGAAGAUGGCUCGCGGUUUGUACAUCCACUGGAGAAGCUAUCUGUAUUGGACUUUGUCGAUAAGAUUAAUGAAGAUUUUCAACCUGUUUAUCCACCAUCUUUGGAUUGCACCCCUUUCAAAUUCAUUGAGGAAGUUAAUGAUUUGAAAGAAUUGGCAGCUAAAUUGCGACGGGAGAACGAAUUUGCGGUUGAUUUGGAGCAUAAUCAGUAUCGAUCUUUUCAAGGACUUACCUGUCUGAUGCAAAUUUCUACAAGAACUGAGGAUUUUGUAGUUGAUACAUUGAAGCUUAGAAUUCAUGUGGGGCCCUAUUUGAGAGAGGUUUUCAAGGAUCCUUCAAAGAGAAAGGUGCUGCAUGGAGCAGACCGAGACGUUGUGUGGCUUCAACGGGAUUUUGGGAUUUAUAUUUGCAACUUAUUUGACACUGGGCAGGCUUCAAGAGUUUUGAAACUGGAAAGAAAUAGUCUGGAGUAUCUCCUUCAUCACUUUUGUGGUGUUGCAGCUAAUAAAGAGUACCAGAAUGCAGACUGGAGAUUAAGACCUCUUCCUGAGGAGAUGCUGAGAUAUGCAAGGGAAGAUACACAUUAUUUGCUAUAUAUUUAUGAUUUGAUGAGGAAGAAGCUGUCCUCAAUGCCCCGUGAAUCUGAAGAAUCUGAUCUUCCUUUGGUAGAGGUCUACAAGCGAAGUUAUGACGUAUGCCUGCAUCUUUACGAGAAGGAGCUUUUGACAGAAAGUUCAUAUUUUUACGUAUACGGAUUGCAGGGUUCUGGUUUCAAUGCUCAACAGCUUGCUGUUGCUGCUAGUCUCUUUGAGUGGCGAGAUAUUGUUGCUCGUGCAGAGGAUGAAAGUACUGGUUACAUACUGCCAAACAAAACGCUUCUGGAAAUCGCCAAGCAGAUGCCUGUCACCAUUAACAAAUUACGUAGAUUACUGAAAUCAAAGCAUUCAUUCAUUGAGCGCAAUCUUGCUUCAAUUGUUACCAUCAUUAGGCAUUCGAUGCUGAAUUCAAGUGCAUUUGAAGAGGCUGCUGAGCGUUUGAAGGAAGUCCGUACCGAGGCGGCAUCAGAAGAAAACACAUCAGCUAAUGAACAUCAAGAAACUAAUAUGCCCGAUACUUCGAAUUUGAGAUACGCAAUCCCAAUUGUGAAAGACAGUGCUGUUGAUAAUACUGCCAGUGAUCAGAUCUGUUCGUCCUCUUCUCAGUCUAAAGUUGCUCCCUUGGAACAUGGAUACCGGCCCUUUGUACCUGGAAAAUGUGUAAUGGUAGACCACUCAAUGCAUCCUGUUCUGAAUGGGAUGGGCCCAACGACAUCGGAGCUGGGCGAACAUUCCAAUGGCGAUAAAUACCCGGUAGCGCAGGUUACUGGAGUGAACAUUACGUUGCAAAAGAAAACUAACCGAGGCGGUCUUGGUUCGCUAUUGGGAAACUCGGCCCCAAAGAGAAAAUUAGAUACUGAUACAAAGGACAAGGAAGAGAACAAGUUGGAUAAAAUCCGAUCUUCUGUGACUCUACCCUUUCAUUCAUUCUUGGGAACGAGUGAACCAUUAAAGUCCGUUGUAGAACCAACCACCAUGACUGCAUUAAAAGCUCAAAAUUCCGAAGCACCUGCUGCCGAGUCGACAAAAAGCUCGAAUAUAGAGCUACCUGUAAUGCCAGUCUCAAAACCCUGCCCAACAGAUGAGAUUAUCAUGUUGGAAGAUGAUUCAGAUGACGAAGACGAAGAAUUGCAUCCUGUUGCAGAAGCAGCCACCGAUGAGCCAAAGUUGAAAGGUUUUAGUGCUAGUUCACCUCUUGAAAUAGACGACGACGACGACAACAACGACGACGAACCAAUGUCUCUGUCCGAAUUGUCUUCUAGCUUUCAAAAAUGUUUGAAUUCUAAUGAACAAGCUAUGAACCUUCAAGAAACUGACGAUUCAGGAAAACAAAGUGGUUUUUUGCAGAUCAAACCGUUCGACUACGAAGCAGCAAGGAAACAAAUAGAAUUUGGAGAAGAUUUGGAGGAAGACUCGAAACGUGAGGACGACAAAGAUCCGAAGGCAUCGAAGAACACUGGGGCAAAGUCAGAUUUAGAUCUGAAUCGAGUUCACAAGAACAGUGAAAGCGUGGAAUUACCGCAAGGCAAACGACGCCAUGCCUUCCCUGCUACCGGAAACCGAAGUGCAACUUUCCGCUAAAUCAAUGUAAGUGAUUUUUACUCUGUAAACUACAGACGGUAUUACAAGUCCAAAAGAUUUCAAAGUAUUAAAAUGGAAAGAGUAAAAAGUCUAUUAAAUAGCGUUGAAAGAGUGAUUUUGCUUGUUUUCAGUUUGCCAAGGGGUUCUAAUCUUAGAUUAUAAUGGUCAUUACGAUUAUCUC